AUGCAUGCCCUCAUUGGCUUCUCUAUGGGAGAGCGGAGGAGAUUCCGAGUUUUCCAAUGGGUAUGGUCAUAUGUGCUAAUUUCCUGGCAGAUACGUAUUAUCGUCGGUAUAAUUUACUCUACACUAGCUACUAUUUUCAUCUCGUAUAGUUUAGCAUAG